AUGAGCGUGCUCAACACCAGCUUCUACGUCUUACUCUUGGCUGUGGUAUUCACGCGAUUCACAGUGGCAGAUAAAUGUAUCGGGGGUGGUGAUGACGAAGAUGAUGGUAUAGCCUGUGAGGUGACUUUCAAGGUUUGCGCAAUCAAGUAUGCGUUCCAAACCAAGGGGGAGAAGGGGAUUAUUCUAGUAAUGCCUCAUUCCAGUAUCGUAACGGCGCUCGGCGGCCCCACAGAAUCAUCUUCUUGCGAGAAAAGCCUAUUUGACGUCCAACACCAGCUGCAACAAUAUGUGUCGAUGCUGCUCGUUGCCAAACUUGAAGCUUGA